GGGGUCUCGGCAGACAGUAUGGCGGCCUCCAUGUUCCUGCUGGCUCGGCGUGUCUCUGUUAUUCAGGGGCGUUGCUCGGGGUUUGGGGGUCUGGGUUUCCGGGUUCUCUCCUCGGGGGGUUCGCAGUCACGUAACCAGGACUUUCGGGAUUGUUGGGGGGCGCGGUCUCGCGGUUCCGGGGCGCUGUAUAUUGGGGCGCUAUUCGGGGCGGGGCUCGGGUUGUGGGUUUGGGGGCGGGGCUCAGACUCACGGCUGAAGGUGGAGGCGGCAAAACCUAUAACUCCGCCCACAGACCCCCCGACAUCGGACCCCCCGAAUCCCCGCAAAGUCUUCAACUUCAUCGCUGAUGUGGCCGAGAAGUGCGCGCCCGCCGUGGUCAACAUAGAGACCCUGGGGAGGCACCCGUUCACCGGCAGGGAGGCGGUCAUCUCCAGCGGCUCUGGCUUCCUGGUGUCUCAGGACGGUCUGAUUGUCACUAAUGCCCAUGUGGUGGCCAAUAAACGGCGAGUGAGGGUGAAGCUGUACAAUGGGGAGACCUUCGAGGCCACCGUGUGCGCCAUGGACCCCGUACUGGACAUCGCUACUGUCCGCAUCACCCCAAAGACUCCUCUUCCCACACUGCCGCUCGCCCGCUCUUCUGAGGUCCGGCAGGGGGAGUUUGUUGUUGCCAUGGGGACGCCGUACCUGCUGCGUAACACCAUCACCUCCGGGAUCAUCAGCUCAGUGCAGCGCGGAGGCCAAGAGCUCGGACUCUCCAAGGACGUGGACUUCAUCCAGACGGACGCCAUCAUAGACGUCGGAAACUCUGGGGGCCCCCUGGUCAACCUGGACGGUGAGGUUAUCGGUAUUAAUACUCUUAAAGUGACGGCUGGCAUUUCCUUCGCAAUUCCGUCAGACAGAGUAAGAGAUUUUCUUCAGCGGGAUGAGAGGCGGAGUCAGGGUUCCUGGUUUGGUCGGUCUGAGGUGAAGCAGAGAUAUAUUGGAAUCAUGAUGCUGACACUGACCCCCAGAAUCCUGGCUGACAUGAAGCUCCGGGAUCCUGGAUUUCCUGAUGUCACUCAUGGGAUCCUCAUCCAUAAAGUGAUCAUUGGAUCUCCUGCUCACCAGGCCGGACUUAAGGCCGGAGACAUCAUCCUGGAGAUAAACUCUCAGAUGGCAACCUCUGCAGAAGAUGUCUUUGACGCUGUGAACUCUCAGGCGAAGCUCACUAUAAUGAUCCGCCGCGGCUACGAGACCCUGAUGGUGAACGUCAUCCCCGAGGCGGUGGAGUAAUAGCCCCAGUGGUUACAACGGGGGGAGAUACAAGCUCAGGGUCUCCUAGUCUGUCCAGAACAACCAGGGUCAUGGUGGACAAGGCCCCCGGCGGCUCCCUGCAGGAUACAUGGGCCAGAAGUGUUUGGGUUUACUACAUGGACUGUCUCGUUUUGGGUGUUCGAUACCUGUAAUCUACUGACUGGUCACCGAGGAGCAGAUCGUAACAUCAGAGACUUCUCCCAGAUAACAUUUCAACAUUCCAGGUCAUGAACCCCGGACACGUCACUAAUAUGAAUGUGCAAGAUCCUUAAAUUAUAAUUGUUACCCUAAGAUCACCUGUGUAUGACUUGGU